ACGAGAGUUCUAUUCAUGGAAACAUAACAUUUAGCGGGAACACAAUUCGUUUCUGUUUCGUUCAAAAGCUUCUAUAUUUCCUUUUUUAGGGUUUUUCUCUGCUUUGAAUCUUAGUUCACUGAUUAAUCCCAGCAAGUUAGUGAGGGAAUAUGAUGGAAGACCCAAGUCCUUCGAGUGAGCAGAGUCCGGUUGCCACUCCAACAACUGCUUCAACUUCUAAGAGUCCUCAGCCAGCAGUUAAACAUAAGAAUGGGAGUGCUGGUCUUGUUGAUAGUACAAGAAAGAAAAAGGUAUCAAGAAUGCCUGGUGGGGGGCUGCGCCAGUUCAGUGUUAUGGUUUGUAAGAAGUUGGAGAGUAAGGGGAGCACCACAUAUGCUGAGGUUGCGGAUGAAAUUAUAGAAGAGUUUGCCACCACUCAGACUAAUACAGCAGGAUCUUUGGAUGAGUUCCAUGAGAAGAAUGUUCGACGACGGGUGUAUGAUGCAUUAAAUGUACUAAUGGCAUUGGAUAUUAUUACAAGGGAUAAGAAAGAAAUCAGGUGGAAGGGGCUUUCUACUACACAAAGAAAGGAUUUGGAAGAACUUAAGGCAGUGCACGUUCAGCUAAUGACAAGGAUUGGAAGGAAAGAAGCCUAUUUGAAAGAUUUAGAAGAACAAAUUGCAGGUCUCCAGAAUAUAAUCGAACGUAACCAGCAGUUGCUCAAGAAUAAUAGUGCUCCUAAAGAGGGAUUUACCUUGCCAUUUAUGGUGGUUCAAACUAGUCCUCAUGCUACUGUUGAGAUUGAGAUUUCUGAGGACAUGCAACUGGUACACAUUGACUUCAACAGUACACCGUUUCGCCUGCACGAUGAUGCUUACAUUCUGAAGUUAAUGCGCUACUACCAACAACAUGAAAGUAGAAAUAUCUCGCAAAGUUCUUCAAUCCAUUCAUCUUCAAGCUCUUACAAAGCAUCUGGAGUCAGCAAACCAUUUUUCUGGAAUUCUGAAACAGACACUCUCAGAUGACAGUAUAUCAGGAAGAUGAAUAGAAUCACUAAAGCCCCUAACAAACACAUGUAAAACUAAAUCCAUGGUACUUGUAUAUUGUUAUUUCAGUUAAAAAAAAUAUUUAUGUGAUUAUUUUGCAUCUCUUAUGAGAUCUCUCAAUAUGUUUUUCAACAUUGGGCUGAGUGCGAGGCUUGGGGGCUUGUGUUUGGUUUUUUGAGGACCAAGUGGAGGAAUUGCUGAA